ACCACGAUAGGUUAUCCUGACCUGUGUUUCAUUUUCACUACCAGGGUAUAUACAGGGGAUCCGUCGAACGUUAUAAUUAUAGUGGACAUUUCACAUCGUGUCGGCUACCUAUAUUUUACUAUCCAGAAAUGGCUGCCGAAGUACUACCCCCAGGAUUUACCGCGAAAACGUACCCAGAAGUGUUCACACAACCACCUACACAGCCCAAAGGAAAUAAGCCAGGACAACUGACCAAAGAGCAACUGGACAAAUACUUUGAUCAGGGUUACCUUUUGGUGGAAAAUUUCUUCGACCCAGUUGAACUUGAACCAUGUCAAUCGGCGAUCAAUGAUUUGGUGAACGAUGUGGCUGAAAAAUUGUACAAGGCUGGCAAAACAACAAGUCUGUAUGGAGAAUUUGGAUUUGAAAAGCGUCUGAUUGAAAUUGAAAAGGCAUGGCCUGGCGCAGUCAUGCUUCUUCUGAAACUGGGGAAACUACCGCAGGCGUUCCGGGAUCUCUGGUCACAUGAUCGUCUGCUGAACGUUGUCGAACAAAUUGUAGGACCUGAAAUAUCCGCGCACGCCGUCUGGAACCUCCGACCAAAGGCUCCCGGACAUACAGAAACACUGGUACCCUGGCAUCAAGAUUCAGCCUAUUUUGACGUUGAUACCUAUAACGUCCAUGUCUGUACGGCAUGGAUUCCCUUUGUUAAUACAACAAAAGAAAACGGCUGUAUGGAGUUCGCUACAGGAGGACAUAAGAAAGGUCUAGUUGGCGUGCACCAAUGCUGUGAAAAUUUUUACCUCAUGCUGGACGAGAAUGAAAUGGAAAAGCGACUCGACAUAGACCUGUCUAAGACUGAGGUUGUAGAGGCACCACUGGGAAGUAUACUUCUGUUUAACAACGUCAUUCCCCACAGAAGUAUUCCGAACGUGACAGAUUCUGUCCGAUGGAGUGUUGACUUCCGUUGGCAAGACACUCGGAAACCCUGGGGGUUUUACGGUCUCAAGAAAGGCAUUCCAUUAAGAUCAGCUAUAGACCAUGAUAUAAAGCCAGACUGGGACGAAUAUGAUAAAGCUGACCGGUACAAGAUUCAAAAACAAUAUGAAAUUGAAAAGUUUCACAAGGAAGAAGAGCCCACGGACGAAUUUGACGUGACGAUUACGGGGCCUUGGUUCGAGAAAUACCACGUCACCAAACAUAACGAACACGUGGACGCCUACAAUACCGAGAAGGAAAACAAAACGAACCCCUGAGAAACAAACAUAUCGAUAUGGUGAUUCGAAAUAUUAGAAAAUCGACACAGACUGAAUUUAAGCGUUUCAAGAGCUCCUGAAAACAUUGAUGAUAAAACAUAAAUAUAGUAAACCAUCGAAAUAUAAAAAAAGGUACAACAAUAGGAGUUUUAAAUGUUGUGUGUGGGUAGAUCAUACCGCUUUAUGUUUGUUUGUUUGUUUGUUUAUGUUUUACGGCCCAUCGACAACUAGGGUCAUUUAGGGCCAAACAAUAUACUAUCGUAUUUUCC